GUUACCGGAAGUAGGAUACCUUAUUUUGAAAGGGACUUUCUGUUGUCAGCUAAGCGGCGGUUCUCAGACUGUAUGUCCGUUCAGAAACCGAAAAAAAGGCAGAAAUUGAAGGCGACCUGCUCUUUAUCCUCGUCACCAUGCCGUUGAUAUGAGACUGAGCCGCAGGUGAUUGGUCAGUUUGGAGACAGGUUUGUGAAACGCGAUGGCUGAGAGGUUCCCUGCCAGCCCUGGUUCUUCAGAACCGGACAGCCCCGGAGGUCUGAACCGACGAUGUCUGCUGGAACCCACAGAGAACCUGUUCAGUGAUCUGUCCGUCAUUGUCCCAGAAACCCCCAGCCCACAGCUCGGCAAACGGAGGAGACACCGCCGUACUGCGGAGGAUCUUUACAGCCCUGGACCUCAGGUGGCGGCCGGCGGCGCUCCAGGACCAGAGAAGUCCAUAGGGCCCGGCGAAGGUUUUCCACGUAAAUCUAAGCGCCGGCGACUGGUCAACCCGAGUGUUGGCUUCGUUCCAGCAUCAUCUCUCAGGAGUUUUUCUCUGGGCGGCUGGCUGGAAACCCCGUCCUCCUCAUCAUCUUCUUCCUCCUCGUCUUCGUCGUCUUCGUCGUCUUCCUCCUCCUCUGUCUCCUACCUCACUCCAGAGUCGGUCCUCAGGUCAAACCGGAUUGACGCGUCAGCUUCAGCGUCUCCCCCCGCAGCAGCAUCCUCAUCCAGCUCGCUGUCCUUCCUCACCGAAGAGGAGAGGAAAUGGCUGAACGAAGGACAAGGAGACGCCUCACUAGACGUGGUGGAGCAGAUCGUCAUCAGCGACGAUGAGGAGGCGACUGUUCGCUCGUUACAGGUGAAGGAAGACGAGGCGCUGGCGCGGAGCCUGCAGGUGGGACUUCCUUACUUCCUGCUGCAGACUCCCAGCAGCUCACCUGAACAGGUGGGACUAACUUCCUGUUUUGGUUUUGUUUUGUUUCAGGCUCAGUUCGACCAUGAGGAGUCGCUCAGCAGACAUCAUCAUCACAGCCAUCAUCUUCAUCAUCUUCAUCAGCAGAGCCACCAAAGGUGUUACUCCUACAUGCAGCCCAGCUGGAUGUCUCAGGUGUUGGCCGCCGUCUCUCCUCUGGUUGGAUUCGAAGAUGAUCUGAUUGGUCAGCACAGGCGGCGUGGGCGGAGCCGAAGGAGGAGCAGGGUACCCGACUUCGCAGAAGAUCUCCAGGGGAACGACUACGAGGCUCUCCUGGAGUUCGAAGAGCGGCAGGGCACCGUUGUGUCAAAGAAAAUGAGUCGCAGGGAAAUCCAGAGGUUUCCAACCAAAAACUUCUGCUCUGCGACCAACAGCGGGAACACCCAGUGUCAGAUAUGUUUCUGCGAAUACGCUGACAAGGACAAGCUGAGGAUGCUGCCCUGUUUCCAUGACUACCACGUCCAAUGCAUCGACAGGUGGUUAAAGGUACAGGCACAGAGAAAACCAACACCCAAGUUCUUAUUGUCAAGUUGUCGAGUUUACAGUAAUUAUCUCCAAACUCUUAGAAUAUAUAACGCGUAACGGUUAUUUUAGUAAAUGAUUAUUUUAUCGAUUAUUCUGAUGAUUAAUCGCACAUUUUCCAGGGUUUUCAUUUAAACACUUGAGCCUUUUUUUAUAUAUAUAUAUUAUUAUAAAUGUAUUAGAAAAUGUGACUAAACAAUUCAGUUCCGUUUAGUGAAAAGGGAAAUAUUUUAUUCCCUAAAAUGCAGCAAUAUAUUAUUCUGUUGAUCAAUUGCAGCUAAAAAAAUACUUCUAACAUAAACAUAUGAAAAGCUCAUCCAGUUCUGCUGGUCUUGACAUCAAUUAACUGAUUAGUAAUUGGAUUAUAAAGGUGCUGAAUUGAAGAUUUGUUUAUUUAUUUUACAGAAUUUGAACCAGGUGAAGCUAAACCAAUGAUAGUUGAAGAGUUUUUUGUAGCACAUUUACAGACAGAGAAGAUUUUUCAUCUUUUUGUAGUUUCGGUUUAAUUGUCUUUAGAUCUUGUUCUUUCAGCAAAUGUCCUUCUUUUGAGUCUGUGUAUUCCAGUUGACAAUCCCUAAGUUGGUAAACAUUAUUUAAAUAAUCAAUUAAUCAUGGUUAGUCAUUUCAGCCUUAAUUGUUUUCCAUUUUAUGUAAAGCUUUUAAUUUUUUAAUUUUUUUAAUUUUUGUCUGACUCGACAGUUUUUUCCCCACACAACAAAAAAUUUGGACACGCCCGAUUUAGAUAAACCCUGCUGAUUUUGUAACAGAGUGAGAUGUCUGUCUGUGAUGAACAUCUCUGUGUUAACCUGCCUGUUUCCUCCCGACAGGACAACUCCACCUGUCCGAUCUGCAGGGCCAACCUGGCUGAUGGAGACUCUCUAGCGCCCCCUACGAUGUGACCCGAAACUCCUCCCCGUUUUCUGAAGAAUAACUGAUACAUUAUUUUUAGACUGUUAUUCCUUUUGUGUUUUUUUUUGUUUUUUUGGGUUUUUUUUUUUAUAUAUUAAACUCUGCAGGGUCGGUUGAAGCUGCUGUUGAUUAAUCUGUUCUUAAAUAAAAAUGUUUCUAUUUUC